CCGGCUCCGUCCCUCCUUCAUCCGGGUCCUGGGCGAGCGGGCGCCGUGCGCGUGUCCCGCGGCCGAGCUGCUAAUAAAGUUGCGCUGAGGGGAAGCGCAGCGACGGCGCUGGGAGAGCGCGCGCCGCCGGCCCGACUUGAACCAAUGAAAGAAGCUUAUGACACUUAUGAAGAUAAAUGUCACUCCUCUCUCUUUAAUUGGAACUUUUGCUUAGGACCUGUAUAUGACUUUUCACCUGUGAUCUGUUCUUUCAGCCGCCACUGACUUUGAGUUGCAGGAAGGUUUCUGAAGAUUUAAAUCAAAUGACGUCAAUGGCCAGCUUGUUUUCUUUUACUAGUCCAGCAGUAAAGCGAUUGUUGGGCUGGAAGCAAGGUGAUGAAGAGGAGAAAUGGGCAGAAAAGGCAGUUGAUGCUUUGGUGAAAAAGCUAAAAAAGAAAAAGGGUGCCAUGGAGGAACUGGAGAAAGCCUUGAGCAGUCCAGGACAGCCAAGCAAAUGUGUCACUAUUCCCAGAUCUUUAGAUGGACGCCUGCAGGUUUCUCACAGAAAAGGCUUACCCCAUGUUAUAUACUGUCGUGUUUGGCGCUGGCCUGAUUUGCAGAGUCAUCAUGAGCUAAAGCCAUUGGAUAUUUGUGAAUUUCCUUUUGGAUCUAAGCAAAAGGAAGUUUGUAUCAACCCAUACCACUAUAAGAGAGUGGAGAGUCCAGUCUUACCUCCAGUAUUAGUGCCUCGUCAUAAUGAAUUCAAUCCACAACACAGCCUUCUGGUUCAGUUUAGAAACUUAAGCCACAAUGAACCACACAUGCCACAGAAUGCAACGUUUCCAGAUUCUUUCCAUCAACCCAACAACACUCCUUUUCCCUUAUCUCCAAAUAGUCCCUACCCUCCUUCCCCUGCUAGCAGCACAUAUCCCAACUCCCCCGCAAGUUCUGGACCAGGAAGUCCAUUUCAGCUCCCAGCUGAUACUCCUCCUCCUGCAUAUAUGCCACCAGAUGAUCAGAUGGGGCAGGAUAGUUCCCAGCCCAUGGAUACAAGCAAUAAUAUGAUUCCUCAGAUUAUGCCCAGUAUAUCCAGCAGAGAUGUUCAGCCUGUUGCCUAUGAAGAGCCCAAACAUUGGUGUUCAAUUGUCUACUAUGAAUUAAACAAUCGUGUUGGGGAAGCUUUUCAUGCAUCUUCUACUAGUGUGUUAGUAGAUGGAUUCACAGACCCUUCAAAUAACAAAAGUAGAUUCUGCUUGGGGUUGUUGUCAAAUGUAAAUCGUAAUUCAACAAUUGAAAACACUAGGCGACAUAUUGGAAAAGGUGUUCAUCUGUACUAUGUUGGUGGAGAGGUGUAUGCAGAGUGCCUCAGUGACAGCAGCAUAUUUGUACAGAGUAGGAACUGCAACUUUCAUCAUGGCUUUCAUCCUACCACUGUCUGUAAGAUUCCCAGUAGCUGCAGUCUCAAAAUUUUUAACAAUCAGGAGUUUGCUCAGCUUCUGGCUCAGUCUGUCAACCAUGGAUUUGAGGCAGUAUAUGAGCUCACCAAAAUGUGUACCAUUCGAAUGAGUUUUGUCAAGGGCUGGGGAGCAGAGUAUCACCGGCAAGAUGUUACCAGUACCCCAUGCUGGAUUGAGAUUCAUCUUCAUGGGCCUCUUCAGUGGCUGGAUAAAGUCCUCACUCAGAUGGGCUCCCCUCUAAACCCCAUUUCUUCUGUUUCAUAGUGCAGAAGUAUUCUUUUUCAGUUAUAUUAUUAGUGGACUUGUUUUAAUUUUAGGGAAACUUUCAGUACAGAUACUGUGAGCUUACAUGGAAAACAGCUUAUUUUCUUUUCUACAUAAUUGUGACCAAUACAUUUGUUUUUGUAAUGAAUCAACAUUUGUUUGUAUUCAUGUUCAUGUGAUUAAUUCUCAAAAGUGUUGUGAAAGAUGCAGAGUAAGUAUUGUGCCCCAGUUCAGAAGUUUGGCAUUGAUUUUAAACUGGAAUAUACUUUUGCCUUAUUGUCCCAACAAUUUUUUAUCUGUUAAAAAUUUUUGGAAUGGUAGUACAUUACAUGAUGAAAAAUUACAACAGUAUAAGGUGUUCGGUGAAAGUCUUCCGUUCUAUUCUUGAUUCUCCAGAAGCUGUUCUUUUACCAGUUUCUUAGUCCCACCAACUUUAAAAAGUAUAAUUCAUUGUUUUAUAAAAGCAUAUGGUAGGGGCUUAAAAGAAACUAUAAAAAAUAUUUUAUUUGAAGGAACACUAUGCACUGCUCUAACAGGUAGUGUUCAAUAAAAGCCAAGUGAUCGUUUUCUAAAUGACAUCAUAAAAUUUACAUUUAAUACAGCUAAAUGUUUGUCAGUGUAUUGUGACUUCACUUAUAUCUUUUGUAAAACAUUUCCUUUUUUUAAAAAAAAUUAUUGCAAACAUCGGUUCUCCAGUAUAUGUCAUUUACUCUAAUCUGUCAUAAAUACUACUUUAUAGCUAGUGACAGUGCAUGCAUGGCCUUGUUCAGCUGUGUUUGCUGCUUUUGGCCAAUGUUGCAAGAACUCUAAUUUUGGCAUGCAUUAAUGUUUUAUUUUGCACUUUGAUGGGUGACAGUUUUUAGUGUAACCUUUUAUGAAACACACUCAAGUGACUUGGACUUAGAUGCUCAUCCCUGCUUCCUUGGUACCCCUUUUGUAUUAAACACUGCAGUUUAUUGAUUACAGUUAUAGGAAGUUAUGCUUUUUCUAGCUUUUGUUGUAUUUUCAACCCAGAUUAUAAGACUGUUAUUCUAUGGCUCCAAUUUAAGGUACCUCUUUAACUCCCUGCAGUUUUAUGGAUCGUAGUAAUGUUGGAAAAUCAUGUACUUAGUCCCACUGCUCUUGCUUGCAUCAGUGUCCCUGUGCAAGGACCUGUGUCCUGUAGCCACAGGAGCCUCUUCAGUCUGGCCCCAAGGGUGAGGCCACCUGUCUGAUGCUUAAAUGAGUCAGCAGUGAUCGUUGAGCUAGCUGAUUUGAAAACAUUCACAUAUCAAAUAAUACAGACUGUUCUCUCAGUUGCCAUGCGCGCUUUUUUUCCAUUUCCUUUAGCACCUACGUGGAUGCUAGUCUCCACAAUCUUCAGAGAGUAAAGACAUGAAAACUCUAAAAUAUUCAUUGAAUCAAUCAUGCUUAAGGGCUUUGAGUAAAGGACUCUUAACCUCUUUUCCUAGGGAGCAGUCAAAUGGACACUUAGUUAUGGCGUGAGGAACAAAGACAUUACUUGAGGGGAAAAAAUCACCUAAUUUACCUGUUAGAAGAAGCUUAUUUUCCCGUGCCUUUUGAAAAUAUUUGGAGCCAUGUCAGUCUUCUGUUUAAAAUGUUAGUUUCGUUUGACUUUCUACUUUGCCCUUUGUGCUUUGAUGAGGGAAAAAAAUGCAUUUUUUGAGGAAAGGAGAAUGCAGUUCCUUUGUUUUCCCUAACAUUAUUUAUUGCUUUUAUAAAGUGCAGCCAGUGGGUGGUUUUAGUUCUCUCAGGUGAAGGGCCCUAUGUGUUACAGCUCACAGUCCUUUGCUAAGUAAAAGGAAACUUUCUGACAGUCACCUCAGGCUUAAACAUAAGUUUUACAUGACAUGCAUUCUCAGUCUUCCAGAAUUGUGUCAGCCACACAAAAGAGGAUUAUUUGCUUAGUGAUAGAACUUAGCUAUUUACAUCAUUCUUUUAUUUACCAGGCUCAUGGCACAAUCUUUGGAACAAAUUGGUAGAGAAACCACCUAGGUUGACUGGCAGAUACAUGUAAUCAACUUCAGUGGGCCUGAACUGGUGGAAACUAUUGAAUUGUUUUAUUGAUGCUUUCAGUUGAAUUAAUGAAAAAUUGUUUUUAUUCAUGUAACAGCCUUUAGCGUUAACAAGAUUUUAUGUGAUUGGCUUCUUCUGUGUUUUCUCUAAGGAGUUGGGUCUCACGAAUGGCAGUACUGAAGCUAUUAACUGGUAAGAGUUUCAUGGAGAAGUAUCAGCCUGUUGUAUUUCCUAAAAGUUGUUAACCCCACACCCUUGGAUUUUACAUGAAAACUUCAUUCAGUCCAGCUGAUCCUAUAAUUCCUGAGGAUGCUCAGUACAGGAAUGGAUGGGAAAUAAAAACUAGCCAAUGGGAUUAAAAAAAAUUAGGUAAAAUUCUACCAAUGAAAAAAGCAUCUCUGAAAGAAACUUUUCCAUAAAAUUACAGUUUUAUGUUUUCAUUUAAUCUCCAGAAUGGUUUAUAGUAAAAUUUAUGAAAACAUCAUCACAACCAGAAUAAUCACAUUUUAUAGCAUGUACAACAUAUAAAUAUAUGCCAGCUGAAAAGACAGAGUCUGGGAAUAAUAAAAUUACAACCAGUUUGGUAAAUGCAAAAAGAGGAAUAGAAUCAAAAUUAAUCUCAGUAAUGUAUUAAAGCAACAAAAAGAUACUGACUGGAAAAAAACAGAAUUUAAGAGGUGCGUUUGACUAAUAUUUCUAUAUAAUUACCUAGCUUAAGUUAUGGAAUAUAAACUAGUAGACAUAUUAUUGAUCUACUGAAGUGAACUUUUUGUCUUUAGAGAAAAUUUAAGGAAGGCAUCAAUCUAAAUGUCAAAUAUAUACAUCAGAGUAUAAAUCAAUUUUUACAUUUUCUUGUUAUAUAAGUAAACUAUGAUAAUAGAGUUGGCUGGGUUUUUGAGGUGAAGUCCACAGUAAGAUUACUAUCAAUAGAUAGUUCAAUAAGUUAUACCUAAUAGUAUGGAAAGAGGAUGUAGCUAUUUUAUACUUUUCAUAACAUUUGAGAGUAAGACAUUCUUUUAGGAAGUAAAAUGAUCAUUCUUUGAGGUUGUAAAAUGAUCAGUAUUCAGAUCUGAAAUCUUUUGUCAGGAUAAGGACUGGGGCUCACGUUAUAUAACCUUCAGUAUUAUUAUCUUAGAGUACCUGUAAGAAACAGUUCCCCUGUAAUAGUGUUCUUUUAAAGGAGAAAGUUUAUACAAAAAUGAAAUCAUGCCAGUAGCAGAAAAACUCUAAAUUCAGAUUUGAUAGUACCUGUUUAAGUGUUGUACUUCUAUUACAGACAGCAUCUAACAUACCAGUUCAGAUCCAUUCUUUAUGCCCUUUCUAGUUGCUUGCUUAAUGCUGCUUUGGAUGAUUAUCACUCUCCCCCUUAAAAUAUAUUAAUAUCUUUUAUACUUUCUGAAGAAAAAUCUUUUGAUAAUUAUUAAAUUCAGCUUCCAAUGAUGAUUUAAAUUUUGAACCUAUUAACCUUUAAGAGGCUCAGAGCUCUUCCUUGUCUUAUGAGUCAAAUCCUCACUUAAUCUCUCUGGUAGGAAUUAUGAGUAUGUGUCCUCAUUAUACCCAUCAGCUAGAUAAGCAAGAAUCUUUCAAGGUAGUAGAUAGCCUGGUGGUUUUAGAAGUGUUUGGUGAUUUUAUUGGAGGGAGUUUUCCUAAGUAUUGGUUUAUGGGCAUCUCCUGAGAUAUUAAGUAGCACAGUUUUUUGGGUGGUAAUCUCAGGUUUGAUGCCUGUUUCCCCCAGAAAGUAGCAUUUUCCUCAUUAAUGCAGGUGGGACUCUGGGGAGGUUUUCUUCUCACAGAAGAUGCACGUAUGGAGAGAGAAUUUGAGGCAUUUCUUUUGCCUAAACAGUUCUAUUCAAUACGUGCUAAACAGAAACUUGGAUAUUUCUUUAUAAUUCACUGGAUUGCAGUUUAGCUUGUCCUAAUUACAAGAGGUAAGAGUAUUUGUCAAGCCUUUAUUAUAUUGGAUUUUUCAUAAUAGAAACUUCUCUUCUAAAAUGCAGUUCUUAUAAUUGAAGUGUUACCCUGAAAUUGAAUAAUUUACAAAAACCAAUGAGAAGGAUUUUACACAUCAGUUUUUUAAAAAAUAAGAGCUUAUGCUGUAAUAUUUGCUGGUAGCAGUUGCUGUAAAACAAGUGAUGUGUUGUUUUGUUGAAAAGAUCCAGUCUCAGAGCAGGAUUCUUCUGUUAUUUAUGACAGAGUGAAAAAGGUUUGUGUGGUUCUUGUCCAAAUAAUUCAGUUCUUAAAAUUCUUAAAAUCAUCAUAAACCAUUGUCCUUUAAGGAUUUAUUUGAAGAUACUGUUUUUUAAAAGUUUGAAAUUUUGUGUAGCGGUAGAUUUUUUUUUACCUCAUUGAUAGGUAGUGCCUUCUUAAUACUAGCUGGUGUUAGCUAUAACAAAACUCCAGUGAGGCCAAACAAUCCCAAGUAAAGAAGAAAUCUUUUAGAGUCAGAUUUUCCCUUCUAAUAUCAUUGAAGAUGAUGUUGCUUUGAUUUAUUCAUAAAGUGUUUUAACUGUAGGGACUCUUGAAGAUAAUAGUUGGGCAAGUGCUUUUCUUUUCAACCUGAUUGGUUAAAGUUGCAUUUUGAAAAUCACUUACGUUAAAAUUGGGUAGGAUUGUAAUCAUGAAAACUGAGUAUUUGUAUGUAAUCCUGCCCAUUUUCUCUAAAAGAUAUUUCAUAUGCAGAUGAAAGACCAAACCAAUGGCUGCACUAUAGGUCUGCUUCUUACUUGUACUUGUUCUCCUUCUGUUUAUGUUGUAGAAAAUGAAAUUCUAGCAACAUGCUUCAAUUCUGUUAUCUUUUUGAUACUUAUAAAAGUGUAUUAGGUUUUACUAUAUUGUGCUUUUCAAAGCCAUAACUCUUAAGAACUUUGUUUUUGCAUAUUGUUUGCUAAUACUUUAUUUUAAUAAAUCUCAAAAUCUGCUUAACGUGUGUUUUUGUUUGUUUGGGGAGCUAUUCUCUUUUGAUUUAACAUGUUUCACUGAGUGGAAUUAUAAAAAGGAUGAGAUUAUCAGUUGCUGUGACCAGCUGUGUUAUCUGUGUGUGUGCAUUAGUGAUAGAAAAUGAAUAUACCAGGCCUUUCCACCCAGCGUGAGGUUUGCUCAGAAUGAUCAAUGUGUUUCUGUUGUUUAUAAGAGAGUUGAUGUGUUUUUCUUUGUUAGUUUUAGUUUUGUUUUGAAAAAGGGUUCGAAUCUAGAGUCUGGGGUUCUCUGGUUUAACCACUAAUUUCCCUUCUCUGUCUAAAAUUAGAGGUCCUGACCAGAUGAUUGAGAGAUAGAAGAGCUUGUAGCAGAGCUGACUUUGGAGUCUGCCUGUCUGCGUUUGAGUCCUGGGCCUCUCUGUGCCCUUAGGCAAGUUGCUUAACCACUCUGUGCCUCAGUUUUCUGAUCUGUAAAGUAAAAGUCUACUUGUGGGAUUUGGGGGAAGAUUAAAUAAAGUAAUACAAAUGAAGCACUUAGAACAGUGCCUUAGAACUCUUUUUGUUUUUAACCAUCAUCACCAUCAUCAUCUCUUUAACAUUUCUGCCACUUCUUUUGAAUCGGAGGAAUUAUUUCUGAUGCUACUUGACCUUAGUAGAUUAAUCCUUGAUUACCCACUUUGCGAAUUAGCCUUGUUUUUCUUAACUGUCUCCCUUUUAAAAAAAUUCUGAAUCACAGAUUAGUUUUGUCAUCCCCACCAAGUGCCUACUUUUACCACCUUGUGUGUUGUAUAUACAAGAAAUGCAAACUCAUUCUAAUUAGAAAGGGACAGUGAAAAUCCACGUGUCCCCACUAGAAAAACCCAAACUAAAUAUUUUUACCCAAAAAAAUAAAUAUAAAAGCUCUUAUUCUCUUUAGAGAGAAGAAUCCAUAUCUGCAAAUCAGUUUUUUUCUUAUGGUUUUUAAAACUUUCAAGUGUAGCAACUUCACUGGCUGUUUUAGAAGACUAUUUUUAAAACAUUUGUUCUGACAAAAGAUUUCAAUGAACAGUUAGAGGUGUUGCCUUCUCUCAGAUUUAAGAUAGUAUGCAAAUUGCCAUAGCCAGACAGUUCAGGUUACAGGGAUUAAUUGUGACAUCUGCUUCAGUUUUCUUUUAGACACAAGGCUCAAUGGCUAAUGCUAUCCCAUAUUACAGCAGUUUUGAUGCAAUUCAUAUUUUAUAAAUAUUUAUGAGUAGGCUAUCAGUGGGCUAUAAGAAAGUACUUUCCCCCCAUUUAACAUUUUAAAUAUUACUGUGUUUUUUGUUGUUGGGUUUGUAAGCCUAUCUUUAAUAAACUGACUUUUGUAAAUAUAUA